GGGCUCGAAUAAAUAUCGAUCCCUGAUCGUUAUGUGUGAGCUGUUCAACCACUCCAUCCGAGCGACUCUCCCAUCGUGCACAGACUCAAUAAAACUAUUCAUAUUUAAACUGUGGCUGCAGGAAACCAGAGUUUCAUUACCAACAUCAAACUUUUACUGAAAAAUUAAAGCAGAUUAUUAAUAGUUCAGUGUUUUUGAUAUGUCUUGGUUAUUUUUGGUUCUGAGCGAUGGUUCCGAGCAGUGUUGCAACAGAACUUCAGCUUUUUUUUACACUUUUGAUUCACACUUCAUCAGCAGGAACUCAUUCACUGAAGUACUUCAACACUGGAGUCAGAGAAAUGAAUUUCCCAGAAUUCACUGCUGUUGGUAUGGUGGAUGGAGGCCAGUUUUCCUACUACGACAGCAACAUAACAAAAAUGAUCCCAAAGACGGAGUGGAUAAAAAAGAUUGAUGCUGAUGAUCCAGAUUACUGGAACAGAGAGACUCAGCGCUGUCAGGGUGAUGAGGAGAACUUUAAAGUAAAUGUUGCUAUGGUGAUGAAGCGCUUCCAUCAGACUGAAGGAGUUCAUGUACUGCAGAGGAUGUACGGCUGUGAGCUUGAUGAUGAUGGAACCAUUAGAGGAUACGAUCAGUUUGGUUAUGAUGGAGAAGAUUUCAUCAGUCUGGAUCUAAACACUCUCACCUGGACUGCACCAAAACCUCAAGCUGUAAUUACCAAAAACAAGUGGGAUCCUAAUGCUGGUAAUAAUAAUAACUGGAAGAACUACUUUGAGAAGGAGUGUAUCUUUUGGUUGAGGAAGUACGUGUCGUACGGCAGAGAGACUCUGGAGAGGAAAGAUCGUCCUGAGGUGUCAGUGUUCCACAAGAACUUCCCUCGACCAGAGCUGGUGUGUCACGCUACAGGUUACUUCCCCAGAGGACUGAUGAUGUUCUGGCAGAAGGACGGACAGGAACUGCAUGAGGACGUGGAGAUCAGAGAGACUCUACCAAACCAGGAUGGAACCUUCCAGAGAGAAGCCGUUCUGAGAGUCUCACCUGAGGAGCUGAAGGAACAUGAAUACACCUGUGUGGUUCAGCACAGCAGCCUGGAGAAGGACUUAGUGCUUAAAGCUCCAGGUUCUGUAGAUGUAGAUGGAGGAUCUCUUGGUAUCAUCGUUGGUGCAGGCGUGGCUGUUCUUGCUCUGGUUGCUCUGAUUGCUGGAGUUGUGAUCUGGAAGAAGAAGAAUUCUGGCUUCAAACCAGUUCCAGCAAAACCCAACAGCUCCUCUGAAAAGGAUUCUGAGAUGAAAUCUUGUACAGACGAUGAACGGGGAGAUGAAGUCUCAUGUUUCAGUACACCACAAACUGCCUUGACAAGAUAUUUUUCAAAACAGCGCUUUUGUGAGAGACCUGUGGAGUUAGAUGUAUUCUGAACAAGAAAGACUUGCUCCCACUGCAGCAUCAGCUCACAGAUGGAUGACCUCACAUGAUACGUCUACAUUGUCUAUGUUGAUACGUUGGUCGAGUAAUUAUUUGAAAACGCUACUAGCCGACUAGCUAGUUUUCAAUAAAGAAACGAACUGUUAUUACCAAAAUAUCACUUAUUAUAAUAACAGAUGAAUUGAGAAAAAAUUAAGCUUUUAAAAGUGAAGUUUUAUUUAUGGUUGUUAAAACAUCUCAUGAUUAGACUGGGGUUUUAUUUUAGCACUGCGUAUUCGCGACUCCUGGUGGUCAAAUCCCGUAAAUCUGUAAAUUGAGGAUUUUAAUAUCUGUACAGUCAUUUCUUUAUUUUAUAUG